AAUUACUCCUUUGAAAAAAUCAUCCUCAUGUGGAAAGAUCCAAUUAUAAAAAGCACUUGAAUGGUGAAUUCCUAAACAAGAUUAGUUCUGAAAACAUAUCCAAAACCAUGGAAAAAUCCGACGACAGAUUCAGCGAAUUGCCGGACGUAAUCCUUCAUCAGAUCCUCUCUUUGAUGCCAAUGAAAUCCGCAACGAGAACAAGUAUUUUGUCGAAAGUAUGGAGAAACCAUUGGAAAUGUUUUUCGAAUUACACCAAAAUUCUAGACUUCGGUGAGGAAUUUGCAAGUGUCCAAACAGCAGAAGAGUUCUCAGCUACUGUCGAUUGCUUUAUACAGCAGUAUAAAGGCAACAAGGUCGAGACAUUUCGACUCUUUUUCGAUCCAGGCUGUGUGUAUCAGUCCAUGCCAAUAAAUGGAUUGAAUUUGCAGCAGCCAAAGGAGUGACGGAGUUCAAUCUGGACUUCUGCCGUGACCUUGAAUAUGAUAUUCAGGGAGAACUUUCUGGCGAAUUUAAGCCAUUUAAGUUGCCUCUUUCCGUCUUUAGUUGCAAUUCAAUAAUCCAUCUGAUUUUGGGUCGCUGCAAUUUCAGCCUUCCCUUGAAUUUCAUUGGUUUUCGUGGUUUGGAAACUCUCCAUCUAAAGCGAGUCUACAUCACAGGUGAGAUGAUUGACAGUCUUAUUUUGAAUUGCCCGCUUCUGGAGGAACUGGAUGUAAGGGAGUGUUUUUCUCUAGACUAUAUCAAGGUUUUUGGGCCCGAUCUGCGACUAAAGAUCUUGACCGUGGUCUCUGGGGUAUCUUCAAUUGAGAUUUCUGCUCCAAAUCUCCAAUCAUUUCAUUACUGUGGUGAUCUUUUCUUUGGACAUUCAUUCAUGAACAUUUCAUCUUUGGAUGACGUACUUUUCAAUUCGAUCAGCUAUGAAUUCACGGAACCCGAGCAUGAUUAUGUACAGAUUUUGACAGACCUGGCUCAUGUUAAGGUUCUAACUGUGUGCGACGGGCCUCUCCUGUAUAUAACAUUGAGAGAUGAAGAUAAACAAUACACAUGGGGUUUGCCCAUUACCUUUCCCAAUGUACAAGAGUUGCAGCUGUUGCUGACAUCCAUUUGUGAUGACACUCUCUCCUAUGUCUAUGGCUUCUUUAGAAACUGCUUUUUUCCCUCUUUGGAGAAGCUUUUCAUUCAAGUCCCAGCAAUUGAAAUGAUUGAAAUGGAUGAACACUACAAUACCCAAAGAAUGGUCGUGGAAGAGCCUUCAAAUUGCAUUUUCGAUAAUCUCAAGUCGAUCAAGAUAACUGGUUUUAAAGGACACAGAAACGAAAUGAGAUUGGUGAAAUUUCUACUAGAGAAGGCCAUUGUGUUGGAGGCUCUUAUCUUAAUUGUGAAGAAGGAUUCUACGGUUUAUUCAGAAUUUACUCAAAUCCUGCCACUACCAUCUCUCCAUGACCAACUUGUGUCACUACCAAAAGCAUCAUCCGAUGCUCGGAUUGUGUUAUGCGAACAAUCAGAUGAUGAUAACAAAUUAGUGCCCACACAUACUGAAGUUUACUCUCCGGUUGACUUGGAUGAUUAUCAAACUGCUAUUUCCUCAAUCCAAAUGACUAAUGUAACAGCUAACUCAAUGUGAAACAUCCAUGCUUAGUUGUAGUAUUCA